UCAGUGAUACGCAACGAGACAAGAGCAGGCAGAGGACUUACGGGUAGAAGUUUCAAUGAGCGGAAAGUUAUAGAUAUUUAAGAACUUGAUGCUACUACUUUUGAGAAGAAUUGCAGUACAAAACAAGCUACCCAUUUAGACUGUCACCAUGCUGCUGUGCAGGGCUUCGGCAAUGUUGAGACAAGGCGCUGUGAGGUGGAGUCGAGUCCGGCUACUCAGAUCUACCACAAGCAACGCUCUGCACAGCGGCGAUACUUUAAAGAAUUACAGUGACUGCAACAACAACAACAACAACAACAACAAAGCUGUCGACGCAAAGGAUGCUCUGAGUGACAGCAAGUACCGGGAAACCGUCCUGCUUCCCAAGACCGAGCUCCCGAUGAAACUGUCCGGGCAGAAAUUACUCGAUAAGGAGCUGGAGAUUCAGAAGAGCUGUGGGUUCUCAGAGCUGUACGCCUGGCAGAGUGAGAGGAAAGCCAAGAAAGAGUUCUGUCUUCACGACGGGCCACCCUACGCCAAUGGAGACCCCCACGUGGGCCACGCGCUCAACAAGAUUCUGAAGGAUAUCCGGAACCGGUUUGAGGUGCUGCGGGGCCGGAGGGUACACUACCUGCCAGGCUGGGACUGCCACGGCCUGCCCAUCGAGCUGAAGGCACUGGGAGAGCUGGGGGAUCAGGGUCUCUCUCCACUGCAGAUCAGGAAGAAAGCGAGGGAGUUUGCAGAGCGGGCGAUUGAGAAGCAGAGGUCUUCAUUUGAGCGCUGGGGUGUAAUGGCGGACUGGAGUCAGAGCUACUAUACCUUUGACGGCAAAUAUGAGGCCAAGCAGCUGGGAGUGUUCCACGACAUGCACCAGAAGGGCUUCAUUUAUCAAGACUACAAGCCUGUGUUCUGGUCUCCUUCAGCCAGGACUGCCCUUGCUGAAGCAGAGCUGGAGUAUAACCCACAGCAUGUGAGCCGCGCAGUGUACGCCACCUUCCCUGUUCACACACCUCCUCCCAAACUCUCUGAGGUCACAGAUUCCUGGCCAGGGGUCAGAGUGCUAGUCUGGACUACACAGCCGUGGACCAUCCCAGCCAAUCAGGCUGUGUGCUACAUGCCCAACUCCCAGUACUCGCUUGUGAAGAGAGCAGACAGCGGAGAGUGCCUCCUGCUGGCGACAGAGCGUGUUGACCCCAUCUCUGCCAUCCUGGGGGUGCAGUUUGAGGUCCUCUCAACUUUUAAAGGGACUGAUCUGGAGGGAGGGGUCUGCAGCCAUCCCACAAUUCCUGGCAGGGAGUCCCCCCUGCUGCCCGCCAAUCAUGUGACCAUGGUGAAAGGGACAGGAUUGGUACACACAGCACCCGCCCACGGCAUGGACGACUACAGCGUGGCUUCCCAGUUCAAACUGCCUGUGGAUUGCUUGGUGGAUGAAGACGGAAAUUUCACAGAAUCCGCUGGCCCCGAACUCCACAACAAGUCUGUCCUGGUGGACGGCACUCAGGCUGUGAUCGCCAUGCUCCGCGACACCAAGGCCUUGCUGAAGGAGGAGGAGUUUGUGCACAGCUACCCCUACGACUGGAGGACCAAGAAGCCGGUCAUCAUCAGAGCGAGCAAGCAGUGGUUCGUCAACACGGGCAGCAUCAAGGACCGGGCACAGGAGGUGCUGAAGAAGGUGCGUGUGAUCCCGGAGUCCGCGCGGAGCAGCUUGCUGGCCAUGCUGGACAGGCGCACCUACUGGUGCAUCUCUCGACAGAGGAGCUGGGGUGUCCCCAUCCCCGUCUUCUACCACCGAGAGAGUGGAGAGCCCCUCAUCAACAGGCACACAGUAGAGCACCUGUCCAUGCUGUUUGAGAAGCAUGGCAGUGACUGCUGGUGGGACCUACCUCUGGAGCAGCUGCUGCCAGCGGAUGUUCUCAAGAAGAGCAAGGGGGCUGAGUUGCAGGAUUAUGAGAAAGGAGAGGACGUGCUGGACAUUUGGUUUGACAGCGGGACUUCAUGGGCAGCAGUGCUGGAGGAGCCUGAACAAUGUGCUGAUGUAUAUCUGGAAGGGAAGGACCAGCUGGGCGGCUGGUUCCAGUCCUCCCUGCUCACAAGUGUGGCCGUCAGGAAGAAGGCCCCUUACAGGACCCUGGUUGUUCACGGGUUCACUCUGAGUGAUGCUGGAGACAAGAUGUCUAAAUCUGUGGGGAACGUGGUUGACCCGGACGUCGUGAUUAACGGAGGCCAGGACCCCUCCCUCUCCCCCCCGUAUGGAGCUGACACCUUGCGGUGGUGGGUUGCCGAGUCCAACGUCUUCUCAGAGGUGACGAUCGGACCCAGCGUGCUCAACGCAGCCCACGAGAGCAUCAACAAGCUGCGGAACACUUUGCGCUUCAUGGUGGGUAACCUGCGCGGGUUCGAGCCGCAGAAGCACUCCGUGUCCAGCAAGGAGAUGUUCGUCAUUGACCAGUACAUGCUGCACCUGCUGCAGGAGUACAGCAUCAAGGUGACGGACGCUUACACAGAAUACGACUUUGGGAAGGUCAUCCGGCUGCUGCAGGCAUUUGUGAGCAGAGACCUGUCCAGCUUCUACUUCAGUAUCAUCAAAGACAGGCUGUACUGCGAUGCCGAGAGCUCUCACCAACGCCGCUCCUGUCUGACGGUUCUGGAUGAGGUUCUGGAUGCUGUGACCCGCUCCAUCGCCCCCAUCCUUCCUCACCUGGCCGAGGAGAUCUACCUGCACACCCCCGGCCGCCCAGAGUCUGAGACCCUGUUCCGAAGUGGGUAUAUCAAGGCCAGCUCUCUGUGGAAGAAGCCCGGUCUGGUGGAGGCAGUUGAAGGGGCAUGUGCCAUCAGGGACUCCUUCCUGAGCUCCAUCCCUGGGCGCAACGCUGCCGAGUUCGACCUGACCAUCGUAAUCGAGCCGGGCCUAUUCUUCGAACUCAUGGAGUCCCUGCAGGAGACGCCCUGCUCCAGCACCUCCCAGCUGUGUGAGCUGAUGAUGACGUCUCAGACCAGCCUGCUCACCACCCUGCCCAGGGACCUGCCAGCCGACGCGCUCACUGUGAAGGGCAGCUUCCUCAUCAACCUGGAGGGCGGUGAUAUCGUGGAGGAGUCCUCCUACAAGGUGGCUGCAGUCCCCUGUGCCCGCUCCCGCUGCCCACGCUGCAGGAGGUUCACGUCUGAGACCCCUGGCUGCCCCUGCCCCCGCUGCCUGGAGGUCAUCACCACGGCUGUGCUCUGAACCUUGAACCCCUGACUGUCAGGGGGCAACGCCAUGCAGCCUCCAGCUGAAAGUACAGUUCCUGCCUUAGCAGUAAAACAAACAGUGCGCUUUGACAGGUUCUCUCUCCUAACUUUUGACAAAACACUGACAUUGACAGGAACAUGUCUUGGCUCUCUGGCUGUGCAGGUGGAAACUCUCUUCUCCUUCUGACUCAGCAUGAGAUCUAUACCAUCUGUGGAUGCAGGAUUCCCUAAGACUGACUGGCUAAAACCGUCAGGCUUAGAUGCUAUAAAAGUAACGUUGCCAUGAAUUGUAUGUGUAAUCAAGUUAUUAGUAAAAGCAGGUACAGGACAACUAUUUUUUGUGACCCCAAAAACCACUUGUACUUAUUAUGACAUGAUUGUAGUUACUCUUAUUUUGAAGCAAGUGCAAAGGAAAAUUACUAUUUUAACAAGAAACUAGCGAGAAGCUAUUCGGAAUAAUAACAUAACUUCUCUUCAUAGGGACUAUGUUGUUACUCGAUAGUUUAAUACCGUUACAAUGGUAUGUUAAGAUUUGCUCUUGCUCAAAAUAGCGCCUUAACAUGCAAUGUGUAUGGAUGUUUGCAUAUUUCUGUAUUUUAAAAGCUAACAUUUCAUUAUUGUUAGCAAACAUACAAUUUGAUUAAAACAAGUAAAAAAAAUAAAAAAAAUAAAUAAAACCUCAUCACCACACCGCUUCCAGAAUGAAGAAACUGAAAUAUCGCCACAUUGCAAGUGUGAAGCUUUUUUUUUUUUUUCCCCCUCCCAAACCAUGCCAGCUUAGCUUCAGGUCAGAGUAGUUACAGGAUAACUUUGCGUUGUUUCUCACUAGUUUUAUUAGGGCAAAUUUGUUGUAUUCCUUUCUAGAAGAAAAUGGUCACAGGUUUUGGAUUUACUGUUUUUUUUUUUUAAACAAUGCUGCACUAAGAAGCCUCUGUACCAAAACGAAGUUUACUAUAUAAUAUUUAAAAAAUGUGUUUUGUCCAGCAGCUUGUCUUCCUCAUUAACUGUACUGACAAACCUGGUACGGUUUGAAGCUUUGUAAUUUGGUACAUUGGUUUACUUCAGUGUUCUGCCUAAUGUGGCUGGAAUUAUAUUCAUGCAGUUAACCAACAUUCAUUAAAUGCUUUAAACACCCUUUAUUGUUUUUGUAAAGAAAGAAAUUAAACUUGUUUGGUCCCAGUGAGUGUACUGGCAGAUGGAUGCAGAGCUGGUUCUAACUAGGUGAUGGUGUGUACUAUUUUGCAUUAAAAAUAAGAUGUGUCCAGAAAAGUCUCUUUUCCUUUAAUAAUGAACUGCAGUUACACUAAGGACACCACGUGGCACUGUGUCCUAUGAGAUGGGGGGGGGGAAGCAGUGUAAAAAAGCCUGUGCUUGUGAACAAGACCAAUAAGGAUUCAACAAUAACUCCACAGAAACACAUUGAAUUCAUAUGGCUUUAUUUAUUUCAGAGCAUUUUAUGUUUGCUCACUAUAUACAUACGAAUACAAAGAUGGGGAAAUAAACUUUUAGUAAAGCCCCCCCCCCCCCAUUCAGAUACCAUUUGUUGCAUGCCUUCCUGGAGGGAAAAAAACAGAAAUCAGAGGCAGAGCAAA